GGUGCUUACGUCUUGGCACUUACACCAAUAAUCAUUUGUCCCACAAUGUCAUGAUCUUAAAUCCGUGAGCAAAGUGAAAGUUUUAAAUUGGAGUCCAAUCAUUGGAUGCAUAUUAUUAUUUAUUAUCCAAAUACUAUAAAACAUUGUGUACCUAUUUGUUUGCUUUUUUUUUUUUUAAUUUAAGCGUUCAAAUUAGUAAUUACCAAUUUUAAAUUUUGAAUUUUGUAGUAUCUUUUACUAGUUAUCACAAAUCACCUUUGCAAUAUUAUACUUAAAACAUUACGAUUAGCAAUAUUUUAACAAAUUGUUUAGUAUUGAGUUAAAUAAAACAUAAACAAAAGUAAAAUCCAUUACUAAUAUUUACUUACACAAUAUUAUUUACGCGUUGUUCAUAUAAUUUACCAUGUUUUUAGGAACCUCUAGUUUCCAAAAAGGAAUCUUAUUUUUUCGAAAUAUAUCAAAAAUUAGUGCAAUGUCUCAAUAUCAUACACUAAAAAUUGAAAAUUCUAAAGAAUUUGUUUAUAGUGUCCAAUUAAAUAGACCAGAAAAAGCUAAUGCAAUGAACAAAACAAUGUGGCUGGAAAUAGGAAAAUGUUUUAAUGAAUUAAACGAGAACACAGACUGCCGGGUAAUUGUUCUUUCAGCUAAUGGAAAAUAUUUCACUUCAGGAAUUGAUUUAUUUGACCUAAUGAAUCUUGGCCAAGAGGUUGCAAAUCAUGAUGACAUUGCAAGAAAAUCAAAAGUUUUACGGUGUUUUAUUAAGACAUAUCAAGAUUGUCUCACCGCUAUUGAAAAAUGUGAUAAACCUGUGUUGACUGCUAUUCAUAAUGGAUGCAUUGGUGGUGGAGUUGAUCUAGUUUCAGCUGCAGAUAUACGAUAUUGCACAGAUGAUGCUUGGUUUCAACUUAAAGAAACCGAAAUUGGAAUGGCAGCAGAUGUUGGUACACUGCAAAGGAUGCAAAAAAGUAUUGGAAGUAUGAGUACAUUCAAUGAAUUAGCAUUUACUGCUCGUAAAUUUCACUCUAAAGAAGCCAAAAGUAUUGGUUUUGUGACUCAAGUUUAUGACACUAAAGAAAGUAUGUUAGAAAAUGUUAUGAACAUUGCUUCGAACAUAGCCAGCAAAAGUCCAGUAGGAGUCCAAAUGACUAAAAGAAGCAUAAUCUAUUCACGAGAUCAUACCGUCCAAGAAGGAUUGGAUCAUAUUGCAGACUGGAAUCAAACAUUAUUACAAAGUGAAGAUUUCAUUAAAGCGUCAAUGGCUGUUGCUACAAAGGAUAAAAACCCAAUAUUUUCAAAACUAUAAUUAAAUAUUUUAGUAUACUAAAUUUUGGACAUGAAUCAAUUGCUCUCACUCAAAAUUUUAUAUUUACUGUUGAUUUAAAAUUUGAUUUAAAACAACAACCAAUGGUACCAUCCAAUAUUUAGAUUAAUUAAACUGUGGUUACACAUUCAAAGGAAACAAUAUCGUAAAAUUUUUAUAUAAUAUUAUGUCUACUAUAUUCCAUUUAAUUUUACCCACUCGACCAAAGAUAUCCGAAUGUUCCGGAUAUGCACAAAAGUGGCUAAUCUUAAAUGGAAUUAAGUAUAGUAGAUAAUAUAGUAAAUUGUAUUAUUAGAGCUACAAAUAAUGAUAAUUGAGUAUAAUUUUAAAAAAAAAACAUUUAAUUAGAAUAACACAGAGGGCAAUUGAUACCAUAAAUAAAAAACUGUUUAAAUAAAUAACAACAUGUUUUUAAAUGUAUAGUUUAUUUUAAGUUUAUAUUAUAUUUAAUACAUUUAUGUGUGACAAUAUAUUUAAAAGUAAUAUAUUUAUAUAUAUAAGUUAC